AUGCCUAAAGUAGGCAUGGUCACUGAAAGCACCAAUCCUGGGCCACUAAUGCUCGAAUUGAGCACCGAUCCGAUGGGAAAGGGCACCCCAACCCACGAAAACCACGAAAUUGACACGAAAUUGAGCCGGAAGGAAGGGGCAGAGAUCCUCAGCGCCCGCCCGGCAAUCAUAGUGGGAUCAUUGGAUGAAGGUUGA